AUGGUGAAGUUGAUUGCUACAAUAAAAGCGGUGAUUACGAGAGUUAUUUUUGCUGCCCAUGGGGCCAUAGCGAUUUGGCAAGUGACACAAUAUAAAAAGAAUCCAAUCUAUUGGUCGCUGAGUGCUCCGAUUGGCCUUCUCGUCCUUGAAGGAUUUUUUACUCUGGCUAUCAAGAAGAACCAAGAGUUUUGUCCGUCAGUAUUUUUGUAUUUGAGUUCAGUUGUACCUGCGAUUUGGCUGCUCGAAUUGGAUAAAGUUGAGCGACGACACAAAAUUGUGGAAGAGACAUUUAAUUUUGCAGCCGCAGCGGCGGAUUUGAAGGAGCUUGAUAAACUGUUGGGUGUUAACAUAAAGCUUCCAGAUAUCCAGGUCGAUGCGGAGACGUGGGUGACGUUAAUUGAGCAAUUUCUCAUGCUUGUUUUAAUUAUCGGUCGUUGGCUCCUACCUAAGGGAGAUUUAACGCGUGACCAGCUGAGUCAACUCCUACUCGUUUAUAUAGGCACAGCGGCUGACAUCAUUGAAUUUUUUGAUUCGUUUAAAGAUAAGAAGAUUGCAGAUGAGCCAAUUCUCGUGUUCUUGACGUUAUCGAUUUGGUCAUGGAGCUUAAUGCAAUUUACAAUUGUUUUAACAGCAACACGCUCUCGAAAACCGCGUGGUGCAACGAGUGGUGACGCAAUGAUUGAUGAAGAAUCGAAUACUUGUUGCUCUGAUUGUUGCUGUUCCAUUGACAUAUGGGGAAUAGCUUUGAAUAUCAUAUUACAAGACGCUCCUUUUCUUACAUUUCGAUUGUUGAUAAUCAUCCAUUAUCAGAUUAUAAGCUACAUGAACGUUUUCUUCACAUUAAUGGUUGUAACAAGUCACUUGAAGAUGUCUUUCUGA